UAUCCUUCACUUUGCCUCUUUUACUUUUAGCUUUGCAUACGUUCAAUUAAAUUACACAGGUGCGCGACGGUAUUCUGGGAAAAAAGAAAAUGGCGGCUGGAUGAAGGGUUGCGAUGAUGGACCGAUUUAUUUUGUGAAGGAAGUAGUUGUAAAUAAUGAACGAUGAGAAGAAAAACAAGACAUUUUAAUAAAAAUUACUUUUAUAUCAUACCAUAUGAACGUAUUGCAUUCAUUUCAAAGCUAGGAAAUCUUUAAAAUGGUUAUCAAACGCAAAGAUUUCCAAAAGGCAGCGGCAUUUAUUCACGAGUUCUUAUUAAAACUGCAUGAAGAUUCAGAAUGUGCAGAACUCCGGGAUUCUUUAAAUUUGGCACUUCUGCAUAUGCAGAAAUACUACAGAGUGUUACAGACUCGGAACCAAGAAAAACAUUUAGCAACAAAUCUUUCAUUGACUGCACGGGGCUUGAGCCCCAUGACUCCAUUUGUUGACGCACCUGAUAAAUUUCAGUACAAAUGGAUCAAUUUAGACAGUGCUCGUUUAAAGGCCUCUAUGACACUGGAUGAGAGUAUGGCAAUAACUGUGUUGCCGCCAAUUAUUCAAGCUGCCAAAGAAGGGAACACUGAACUUAUAAAUGAACUUGUAAAUUCAGAUCCUGCAUGUAUUAAUGAGCAAGAUGGUCUUGGUCGCACUGCUCUAACCUACGCUGUUCACUUUCAACAGAUGGCAGCAUUACAGUGCCUUCUGGAGAAUGAAGCAAAUCCAAAUUCAUCUGCUCAUGAUGGGUCCACGGCAAUCCAUCAGGCAUGUCAUGACUCUAACAGUAUGGCAUUAAACAUGUUACUGCAGUGUGGUGGAGAUUUUACAAUACCAGAUACACAGGGCCGGGCACCGAUACACUGGGCUUGUACUACACCCAAUCUGGAUUGUUUACAGUUACUUAUUAAUCACCAUGCCGACGUGAACAUUCGUGACAAGGACGGUCUGUCUCCGUGUAUGUGGGCGUGUCGCCUUGAUCAUAUAGAACAUUUCCAGUAUCUCUGUCAAGCCGAGAAUUUUCAUGUGGACGACGCUGACGGUAUUGAGAGAGAUCUGAUUGGUCGAACUUGGAUGCACUGGGCUGUAAGGCGAAUGGAACCGUUAGAAUGUUUACAGACAUUGCUUACAUCAGACACAGCCACUAUAAAAGAUGAGGAAGGUAGAACUGUCUUACUGACAGCCGCAGAAAUGGGUUCCCUGGCAGCUUGUAAAAUAAUAAUAGAUAUAGCCGGUAAACAGUGCGUCAAUGACCGUGAUUCACAAGGCAGGAACGCACUGCAUCUAGCAACCAUAGGUGGCCAUGGUGACGUUGUCAACUAUCUCUUAGACCAUUCAGCGGAUCUUUCGGCAGUGGACAAAUUUAAUGCUACACCGUGGGAUUAUGGGAAGAAUCGCCAACUUCAUUACUGUCAGCUCAUUAUCAUGUCACAUCAGCGUCAACGUCUUGUCAGUAAUCCCACAAGUCCUCUACCAAAUGGUCUCGGUCUAAUGAUGAACGGUUCCCUGUCAUUUUACAAAGGUGAUUUCGACGGGGACUUUGAUUAUGCUAGUACCAGAGGGAGUGUAGAUAGCAUGCCAAUCACGCCGCCCCAUCCUCCAAAACGACCCCGGACAUCUCGUAUAGUCCGACGAUCACGCAGUCUCGGUUCCAACCAAGACCGGGAAUCGACACAAUCCACCCUGUACCGAGCGCCAAGUACGUUCAGUCGGGAGUCUACGAUGGAGAGUCAGCAAAAUCAACGCCGAAUGAUAAAUAGUGCCGGAGAAAUGCAGGGCACUAGACCAAAUGAAAGAAUAGAGGUUUCACUGAAGUCAAGUAGGUCAGUGCCUAAUGAAAGUUAUACACAUAAACGUCAGUCUCAGAGAGAAGAGGUUGCCAUGGCAACUGAUGAUAAUGUUUAUGAAGUAUUGGAGGCAGAUGAUGAUGUGGACAAUGUAAGUGUGGGUGGGAUGGAUGUUUCUGACAUUGAAGACGAGGACAAUAUGCCACCACACACAUCAAGAGGGCCGCCUCCUCGACGGGGACCUGGGCCUCAGAGACCUGCAGCUCCCCCGGGACAAAGACCUGGCUUUCAUCCUCCAUCACCCCCCAAAUAUGCUCCAAGACCCCCUGGAGUCAAUGGCUAUGCACAGUCUAUGCAAUCACCCUACAGAAGAAGUUCUGAAAACAUGUCUGAGGACUCACAUUCUAUGGACAUGCAGCCUCGCCCUCCAAUGCGGGCUUCAAACCCAGCGCCUGGUGCUCAAAGAAGUCACGAUAAUUUUUACAACAGAUCCCCAUCACCCAACCCUGCAGAAUCAUUCCCACCAAACAGACCGCGCCCUGCUCCAAGACCUCCGAGAUUGCAGCCCGCACCUCCCAAACCUCAGCCACGCAACUCGCCCUCACCUGUAAACAGACCAGGUUCAGGCUCAAACCUCAGGGACUUGACUUCACCGCCUUCAGGGGACCAGUCAGGAAGGGAGAGCAGCAGACCAGACUCUUCUGGAAGACCACCAGGAAUGUUGGAAGGUAAAAAGAUCUUACCACCACCCAUGUUAAUGCCAUUAGAAAAUGCUCCUAGACCCAACUUAAAUAGAGAUGAUAAACCUCCCAAGAAAAAGAAGAAGAAAAGACGUGAAAGACUUGGUCAUAUUGAGAAGGAAAUAGACAGAGAUUUGGAUGUUCGAUCCCCACCGGAGUUACCAGAGAAUUUGACCCCUCCACGAGGGUUCGCUGCCCCUUUACACCCUCCUCCCUCGGCAACAUCUAGGCCACCGAGGGCUCAGUCAGGGAUCCCAUCCCCAAAAUAUUCUAAAGGUCCUCCUCAGAAACAUGAAAACAGAUAUGUUGAGGAAAAUAUGGAAGAUGAAAAAGAGCUUGAUUUAAAUAACCAAGAUGAUAAGCCACCCAUGGUGAAUGGAAUGGCUGUGCCAAUCCGUGAGGCUCCCAUGAGGUCGGCUAGACCUGGUAAGAGGGUUCAGCCAAUGGACACCAGUGACGAGUAUGAAAUGGACAAAAUUUUAGAAAGCAGUGAAAAUGGCAUGCAGGGCAAUGGUGCACCCGAGGAUGAAGAAGUAGGUCCAUUAAUUCCCCCACCCCAGGGAUUUAGGGGGCCGUCUGCUAGACCAAAUCAAGGGAGACCACUGUCUCAGUCUGUUCCACAGAUAGCAGUUACAAAAUUGGAAAAUUUGGAGGUAACCAAGGAACAAAUUGAGGAAAUUAUUGAAACAAUAUGAUACCCGCAGCAAUGUUAUGAGAACAAGUAGUGCUAAACCCCCACUCCCCCGCGGCCGACAGAGCACAAGUACUGCAAACUUCAGAUACAAGAAUCCGUCCCCACCCCGUCGACCAGCAAGACCCCCAAAUUCCGGAAGAAAUGAGUCAUAGGACAUCUUUGUUGAA